GGAUCAUCAGCUCCCUCUGGAGAAUAAACAACACAAACAAGGAAGCGCAGCUCUGAGCAGCUCGAGCGAGUCACACGGACUUUAUCCGAGUCUCUACACUGACUUUCUCUCUCUCUCUGUUCCUCCAUCUGAACACUAUCUCCCUAUCUCACACUGAGAGAGCAGCACUUUCCUGCACAGAGAUGGAGAGCAAGUUGGAAGUUACUCAGCGAGAGGCAGAGGAGGUGAAGGACAUUAUGCUGGAGAACAUGAAUAAAGUAGAUGAAAGAAAAGAAAAACUGGAAGAUCUCGAAGAUCGCUCUGCAAAAUUACUUAAUAGGGCCAUGGCAUUCCAGAAGACCUCAAAGAAAGUGAAACAGAAGAAACGGAGGGAGUACCUGAAAAGCAAGGCUGGACUCAUAGCUCUGGUGAUUGUACUCGCGCUGGUGAUCAUCACUGUGGUGGCUGUCAUGCUUGCCAACAAAAGUUCCAGUGAAGAAAGUGUAAAGAGUCCUUCAGUUACCACCAGUACACCAAGCCAUCCAUAGCACUGGGCAGUGCAGAAAUAAUAAUGGACACAAAAGUCGCUCCUGCUGUUAUUGGCGAUGGUUUGGUUGUAGUGCUUUGGGUGAUGGGGUUGUGCUUGAUCUUAGAAUGAAUAGCAUAGUGAUUUAUUUGACAUUGCUUUAUGCUUGCUCAGCUCACAACUACUUCUAGAUGCUUUUGUGAAUAGCUACACAUGAUUAUUUCAGAUUAGCUUAAGUUGCACACAACAAGAUCCUUAUUAAUCAGAAAAUAAUAUUACAUAGGCUAAAUCUGUAUUAUGUGCCUAGUGCCAAUUUAUCAACACACUGCAUCUGUUGUAAAGCAGUUUAAAGGUGCUCUAGAAAGAAGAGUAUAUUAACAUUAGCACAGCCAAAUAAUAAGGUACAUAAUAGUGACUGACAUACAGUGAACAUCAAACACUGUUGUCUCUUAACUGAACAGAAAUUCAGACAUAACUAAAACAACCUUAAACUGUCCCCCAUAGUGUAUCAUAAUAGUGAUGUAACAGUUCAGUUACAGUUUUCUGAGGUAUAUGUUGUGGUACAUCAUUGCCAGACUCUGCUAGUUAAAGGAUAAUGGGUUGCUAUGUGAAUCAGGUCUAAGAAUGUGGCGUAUCCUGUGAAAGGCUCUGUGUAUGGCUAUGUAGAUAUACCUGCUAUUACUAUAUAUUACUAUAGCUUAGAAUUAAUGUAUGCUGAUUCCACUGUAUAAUAUGCAAGGCAAUACAUAUGUGUAUAUAUUGUAUAUGUGUUUCUUUUAAUGCAGGCAACUGCAACUUGUAUUAUACUUGUAGUGUAUUAACAAAACAAACACAAAAUAAAAUCAAAACAAUAACAUGUUAUAUUACAUAUGUUAUAUAUUGUAAACAGGAUGGAGAAAUGCCCAGAUAUUAAGGUAACAUAAGGGUCUAUUAUUGUGAGCCCCACAAUACAUGGCCAGUAACCUUAACUAGCAAACGUAGUGUUGCUAUUGUUAGGGCAUUUGAAGCCACCUUGAAUUGGUUAAUAAUUUUUUUUUUUUUUUUUUGCUAAUUUAAAGACUGUUAGGAAAGUAACUGGCCCGCAUUUGAAAUAAAUUAAAUAAAUUAUGCAGUAUUUAUACCACAUCAGUUUAUCCAUUAAUAAAUGAUAUACAAUUAAAACCUUUUUAAGGUUUCAUAAAUCUAUCUCUUUGUAAACAUGCUUUUAUUAUGACUGUUGGCCUUGUGGAAGUGAUCAGACUGGAUCUUAUUGAAUCAUCAUUGAAUGCCUCUUUUGUUUUCUUCCAGUCAUUGAGAAACUUGUACCAAAAUAAUUGAGACCGAGGUAAAUGUUGAAAUUUUCCAGGUUAAGGUGAACAAAGUUGCUGAAUAACAUGUUACUAAAGUUGUAUUUUUACUACUGGUGUUAAUCGAUAAAAAAAAAUCGAAUCAAUCACAAUAGAAUUCUCUGAUUAAUCACGAUUAAUCAUAUUUACCUACCUUAAGAAUAAGCUUUUGAUAAUAGGUAUUUAAAAACUGUAUUUUUGGGAAGGGGACAGUAUAAUGGUGUAAUGUGAUUUACACCUGGCAGACUAGAUUCUUUUUUUAUAUUGUAUUAUAAUAUCUCAGGAUAGUUCUGGUGCUUUUUAAGCUAUUUUUUGAGACUAUUGUAAUAAAGAGUUUUAAUGGAGAAAGUAAUCACUAGCGUAGCUCCAUAUUCCACACUAAACAGCUUGAAAAGAAGAAAUGUAUACACAGCUGUGAGAAGGAUUAAAAGAGUGACAAUAAACUUCAGCAUAAAUAUAAGAUAAUCUACCUUCUAAACUCAGCAGUAAGCACCGCAUUAUAUCACUAAAUAAAACUUCUGUGUCAAAUUUUA